AUGGGUGAUUUCAGAGCCCGCAUCAAGGCCAAGCUCCUGCGAAGACACAGCGCAACUCCUACGUUGGGUUCAAGCAAGCCGAGUCUUGGCCAGGAUAGGGCGUCCAGCAGCACACGUACGCGAACUUCUACUACGGGCUAUGCGGCUUCGUUGAGUACGGCUGCUACCAACGAGGAUAGACCGAGUAAUAGUUCUAUUCGUUCCAAUGAUAGUCCACCGAAGAAGAUAGGAAAUGGGUUUGGCGGUGUUGGAGUUGGUGUUGGAGUUGGUGGUGUUGGUGUUUUAUUUCCAGGACCAGGACCAGGACCAAUUCCAGCUCCGAUUCCGAGUCCGAGUCAAGCCCCCCUAAGUCAAAGUCAAUACCGAGACGGAGACCAGGACCAAGAUCGAAAUCGGGAUGAAACUGAGACGGUUCCACCAGAGCUAGAGAAGCAACUAAACCUAGCUGGAAACUCUAACGUGAAUAAUAACACUGAUAAUGCUGAUAAAGGUCUCAAAACUGUGGCUGUGGCUACAAAUUUGGACGGGGAUGUUGAUGUUGAAAUUGAUGCGGAUGUGGAUGCAAGUGCAAGUGCAAAUGCGAAUUCGAGUGUUAAUGUUGACAACUUGAACAACUUGACCAACUUAACCAACUUAACCUUCUCGACCCCCUCAACCCCAUCUAAUAAGACCGGCAAGGAUCUGCAAAUUUCUACAAUCAAUUCGGCGCCUACUCCCGCUAUCACUACGCCCAUCUUAAGCCUUGAUCUAAACAAUUUAAACAACACAAUCUCAACCGCAGCCACACCAUUACCACUGCCGAGCAUCAAUGAACAUCCCGCCGCCGCCUCCCUCUUACAGCUUAAGCCACGCAUCCUAGACCAAAAUCACCAACAUCACCAACAUCAUCAACAACAUCAUCAUCCACAUCAAAAACACCAACUUCAACAUCGCGAUAAUAACAACGACAAUAAUAACGAUCACGAUCACGAUCACGACCACGAAAAUAACACCACCGACGACGACAUAAACGAUCAUCUUCGUCUACCUAUUCCUUCUAGCCGCGCUUUAUCACCAUUAUCCCGACCUACAGGACCGCCAAGACGACAGAGCAUCAUCCCGAACCGCCAAACCACCUUCAUCAAGACUCUCCUCCACACAGGCAACACGGGCAAUACGGGCUAUGCCAGCAGCGAAGUAGGUCCAGGCGAAGUCGAUCAACUUCUACCGAUUAGCGGAAAUAUGGUUACCAGAAAAGUAUGGGUUAAAAGGCCGCUGGCCUCUCCUACAUUGAUCACGAUAAAUGAGGAGGAUUUAGUUGACGAUGUUCGCGAUUUGAUCUUGCGAAAAUAUGCAAAUUCCCUAGGUCGCCAAUACGAUUCCCCGGACCUGACGCUUCGUAUAUGCGACAGAGAACAACAGACGAGUAGACCUCUACAACCAGACGAGCCCAUGAGUAGGACUCUCGAUGCCUACUAUCCUGGUGGCCAGUCCGUCGACGACGCUCUCUUAAUCGAUAUACCAAGCCGCCGAACGCCUAAAGCCUCUCCGAAUCCUAGAUACUACGCCGACGACAGGCCUCACGAAUCCGCAACCGAUUAUUUCCCACCCUAUCCUCCUGCAGCUCAGCACCCGAAUAACUCGGCUACAACACUUCUCAACAGCACUCAUCAACUUCACUUUCCUCCCUCUUUAACCGUUAUCAAUGGUGGUCAGCUACCACCCUUACCGUCUCCCGGCGGCACGAGACGACUCGGGGCUUCAAGACCGAAAAUCCAGAGGAUGCACACCGCAUCACCAGUUUCUGCUGUUCCGAGCGGCCUCGCUUCGCAGCAACCCGCAGCGCCGCCUAUCGGUAUGCACAAUUACCCAAGACAGCCGCGCUCAAGGACUCAUUCAGGUGCAUCUUCAGAACAAUCCAAUCACCCGCCUGCCGCUCCCGCCAUCUCGACUCCCCCCAUCCCAGAACGCACCGCUACUCCGCCUCCCCGCGUCUCCUCGCCGCGACUCGUCAACCGGCCUAAGAAGAAGAAACCUGUCGAACACCCCUUGCUGCCACCGGGCAUGCUAAAUGGCGGCGUCCCCCCUAUUAACGUUCUCAUCGUCGAAGACAACAUCAUCAACCUGAAGUUGCUAGAAGCCUUCGUUAAGCGAUUAAAAGUCAGGUGGCAGACGGCUAUGAACGGUAGAGAGGCAGUGAAUAAGUGGCGCGCCGGCGGGUUUCAUUUGGUUCUGAUGGAUAUUCAGUUACCCGUCAUGAGCGGUCUCGAGGCCACCCGCGAGAUUAGGAGGAUAGAGAAGGUUAACUCGAUCGGCGUCUUCUCCUCGUCCGCCAGCAGCCCUCCGGACGAGAUUAAGGCAGAACCUGCCGAGGAAGAUAAGCUGGUCAAUACGGAGAUGUUUAAGAGCCCCGUCAUCAUCGUCGCUCUCACGGCUAGCUCCCUACAGAGCGACAGGCACGAAGCCUUGGCUGCUGGCUGUAACGAUUUCCUAACCAAGCCCGUCAACUUCGUCUGGCUCGAGAGGAAGGUGAUGGAAUGGGGCUGUAUGCAGGCUCUGAUCGACUUCGACGGGUGGAGGAAGUGGAAAGACUUCUCGCAAAAGGCCGUAGAGGACGACUCCAAGAAGGCGGCGGCUGCUAAGAACGCCAAGGCCCCUAAGAAGAACCGGCUGUCCAUGACGACGGCUGCCGCUUGA